AUGAUUAAAUAUUUUCGUAAUCAAAAUAUUUUAACAAUUAUUGAUGGUGCACAUGCUAUUGGAGCCAUUGAACUUAAUUUAAAAAGUUUAGAUCCUGAUUUUUAUUUGUCAAAUACACAUAAAUGGUUAUACAGUCAUCGAAGUGCUUGUUUACUUUAUGUUAAAAAAGAUUUACAAAAUUUAAUUCAUCCAAUAAUAACAUCAUUUGGUUAUUUACAAUCAUUUCAAAAUGAAUUUUUUUGGCUUGGAACAAAAGAUUAUAGUUCUUAUUUGACUAUAUCAGAUGCUUUAGAUUUUCGACAAACAAUUGCAAAUGAAACAGAUAUUUAUAAUUAUAAUCAUCAAUUAGCUAAACAAGCUGGUGAUUUAAUUGCACAAAUGUGGAAUAGUUCAACAUUAACAACAAAUGAUCAAUUUAUAAGUACAAUGAAUAAUAUUGAAUUACCGUCAUUUAUUGAUACAUUAGAUAAAAUGAAUAUUUUAUAUCAAAAAUUAAUAAAUCAAUAUAAUACUUUUUUACCUAUGUUUCAAUUCGAUAAUAAAUUUUACUGUCGAAUUAGUGCACAAAUAUAUAUGGAAUUAAGUGAUUAUCAAACCGUUGGAAAAAUUGUUUUAGAUACUAUUUCAAACAUGAUAUUUUUUCCAAUUUUAAAACAAACAAAAGAUCAUUUUCACUCUGUUUAA